AUGAACAGUGGUGUGAAUCCAGUGAGACCAUUGUACUCACCGUCAAAAGUAUCCUUGAUUGAAGUAUUCUUUGUUUGCUUCGCCCUUGGGUCAUUAUUGGUGGUUGAUCUAUGGGCACUAUUCCACUCCAACUAUGUUUUCUUGGUGAUUUUCUUUCUAACCUUGAAAGUGUACUUUGUUACAGAGUUCUUCAACACAGCAUCGUAUCAACCCCGCUCAGUCACUUCAAAGUCAUUUUUGAUAUACGGCAGCAGGGGUAAUCAGGAGUUUUGGUGGAUGCAAAUGCUAACCGUGGUGGAAGUGUUGUUCAAACCAUGGGGCGAGCACAGAUUAACGGCUGUAAUUGGUGCUGCUAUUGCUAUUGUUGGCUUGUAUAUGCGACAUUUGGCAAUGAAGCAGUGCAGUGAUUCCUUUAACCAUUAUAUUGCAACUGUGAGAAAGCCGCAUCACAAAUUGGUAACCUCGGGAGUAUAUGCAAUCCUGCGGCAUCCGAGCUAUCUUGGUUUCUGGUUGUAUGUAAUAGGGACGCAGUUGUUGUUGAAUACUUAUACUAACCUAGUUUUGGAUAUUCUAAUCCUCCAUUAUUUCUUUACCAAGCGUAUUGCAUAUGAGGAGUGGAUGUUGGUGAAUAAAUUCUACGGACAAGACUAUGUCGAGUAUCAAAAACGAGUAGGUGUAUAUAUUCCCUAA